GUUCCGAAUUCGUAACCUUUCUUCACGUGUCUUACGACACAGCGUCUUCCUGCUUCAUUUCACGGUCACCACGCGUAUAUCAACUUGAUAAAAUGCGAUCAUGAUCAUCCUUUUCAAAAUUAGACGUUUAACCGCGUAAAAUGACGCAUUUCCGGUCAAGUAAAGUAUGGAAAUUGUCGCUAGUAUCAAGGUAUUCGAAAUAUGAAACAACGAGGCGGGAAUUUAUUUCAACGGUAGAGUGAAACGUCUAUUGUUUUUCACUCGUUAAGUCAAAGCUGAUUUCGCAUUUACUAGUUAUUACAAUUUCGCUGUAAAUAUCAUAACGUAUCGAUGUUGAUAGCAAAUUAUUUAAGUUACCAGUAAAUUAUAGUACAUUGUAACGGAGAAUUUGCAAACAUGAAGAAAGAAGCCUGUGUCAAGAAUAAAAAGCUGGCCGAGAUUUGUACAAUUUAAUAUGGUCCUAUCCGAUUUAGAGCAGAGGGCAGAGUCCAGUAGGCGAUAAUGGUGCAUUCUCUUUCCAUUCGACUGAUUAAGGAGACAUCAAAAAGAAAGUAGCGUGAAAAGAAGGCGUGAAGAGAUAAUUAUUCACAGCGUUAUGAGGAGUUAGACGAUAAAUUCUGUAAAAUUAUUAUAACGGCUAAAGGUUCUAAGUGUUCAUAAGCUCGAGGGGAAAUUCCACGUUUCAUAGGAAGAAGGUGAUAUCUGUCUCUUGAUAAUGCUUGCACAAAUACAUGUCUUAAGGACGGUGUUACGCAACCUUUACCGAAACUAUAGUGCUACUAGAAAGAUCGAAAUGUGAAAUACGAUCCCUGUUAAAGUUACGCGAGCAUACUAGCUCGAGGAAUUUAUCAUUUUCCUGAUUGUAGCAGGAAAAUCAUUAGCAUUUGAUAUAAGCGUCAUCGUAUUGAACGCACGACAGUGUAUAUAGCAACACACGAUUUACUAGCUCAAAUGCAUUAUGUCGAACUUGCAACGGUGGGACUCAAGUGUGUGGAUUGGAUUAAAUAACGACCUUGAUGACGAAAGCGGCUGUCUGCGUUUAGUGCAAUAACUGGUCAAUGCACCUGAAAGCAGUUUGAAGCAGUUUUGUAUUUAAUAUGGAUCUACAGAUUUAUUACUAAAUAUUGGUGCAAAGAAAAACAUAUUAUAUCAAGGAACGUGUGGAAUGUGAGAUUUUGAAGAAUACAUAGGAAUCAAGCCGGACAUUUAUGAAACGUCAGACUUUGAAUUAAAUUGUUAUUUAGUGGCAUUUUACGAAUGAAAGUGCUAUGUGAUUGUAAUGUGACAUUAAUAUCUAUUAAUGUUGCCUGAAGAUAAGGCAUACAUAGACAAUAUGACUGAAGGAGGAGAAACACAACCAACUCCUGGGAAUGAAGCUCAACCUGAAGCUUCUGAACCCAGAGCUUUACAUGGCGAAGGAUUACAUGAAACAGCAGCUGAAUCAUCUUCUCAAAGUGUACCUGAACCCAAUCAAGAUUUACUUACUGUUCAUGGAGCAACACAAGGGGAAAGUAGCGAUGCUGUUAGCAUUCAUACCGCCAGUACAUCAGUUUCUGGCAAUGAAUCAAGUUCCAGUAGAGUGAGUGCAAUAACUGUAGUAUUACCUUGGGGUGCUCAAAAGGAAACUGUUAAACCACAACAAAUGGGAGAUAUGGAUCUAAGACCUGGAGAAUUUGUAAUGCGUACCUUAUUUGCAGAAUUCACUUCACAGGCAGAGAAAAAAAUGGAAGCAGUGAUGACAGAACAUGAAAAACCACUUUCAAAAGUUUUACAAAGAGGAGAAGAUUUACAGUUUGAUCAACUUUUAUCUGCAUUUGGUUCAGUUGCAGAACAUUGUUUGCCUUCUAUUUUGCGAGCACUUUUUAAUUGGUAUGAACGUCAAUUAGUUGAUCAGGGUAGUGAUCAGAAAAAACCUGCUCCUGGUAAAGAAGAUCAGAAAGGGAAGAGUAUUAUGUAUACAAUAGUAUCAGGAAGUGUGGAAACAGUUGAAAGAAGUGAAGCGGAUUUGCUUCAAGAGCGAAGAGAUCUUGCAGUAGAAUUUAUAUUUUGUUUAAUGUUGAUAGAAGUUUUGCGUCAAUUACCAUUUCAUCCUGGUCACGAGGAUUUAGUAACUUACAUAGAAAACAUUGCUUUCAAACAUUUCAAGUAUAGAGAAGGCAUUCAAAAUGAACCAAAUGCAGCAAAUAUUCAUAUAAUUGCUGAUCUUUAUGCAGAAGUAAUAGGAGUUCUUGCACAGGCCAGGUUUAUGUCGGUCAGAAAACGUUUUAUGGUUGAAUUAAAAGAAUUACGUGCUAAAGAACCCGGACCUCAUACUACACAAAGUAUUAUAUCGUUAUUAAUGGGAAUGAAAUUUUUCCGGGUGAAGAUGGUACCAAUAGAAGAAUUUGAAGCCUCGUUUCAGUUUAUGCAGGAAUGUGCACAGUAUUUUUUAGAAGUAAAAGAUAAAGAUGUUAAACAUGCUUUGGCUGGACUUUUUGUUGAGAUACUUGUUCCUGUUGCUGCUGCCGUAAAAAAUGAAGUUAAUGUACCUUGUCUAAAAAAUUUUGUAGAAAUGUUGUACUCUACCACGUUAGAUAUGUGUACAAAGUCAAAGCAUAGGCUUGCUCUUUUUCCUCUUGUAACUUGUUUACUAUGCGUGAGUCAGAAAACAUUUUUUUUACAAAAUUGGCACUAUUUUUUAGCAAUGUGUCUCUCACAUCUGAAGAAUCGAGAUCCUAAAAUGUGUCGCGUUGCAUUAGAGGCAUUGUAUCGUUUGCUUUGGGUGUACAUGAUACGUAUUAAAUGCGAAAGUAAUUCAGCUACUCAAAGUAGACUACAAAGCAUAGUAAACUCUUUGUUUCCUAAAGGAUCGAAGGCAGUAGUCCCACGUGAUACUCCGUUGAAUAUUUUUGUGAAAAUUAUUCAAUUCAUUGCACAGGAAAGAUUAGAUUUUGCAAUGCGUGAAAUAGUAUUUGAUUUAUUAUCUGUCGGUCGACCAGUGAAAAUAAUUUUAACUCCUGAACGCAUGAGUAUUGGACUUCGAGCCUUUUUGGUUGUAGCUGAUAGUUUGCAACAAAAAGAAGGAGAACCUCCUAUGCCUCGUACAAUGGGUGUGCUACCUAGCGGUAACACUAUGCGGGUUAAAAAGACAUUUUUGAAUAAAAUGUUGACAGAGGAUACUGCAAGAAGUAUAGGAAUGUCCUCAUAUUUUCCACAUGUUCGACGAGUAUUCGUUGAUAUAUUACGUGCAUUAGAUGUUCAUUAUGGAAGACCUCUCAUGAUGACGAGUACUCAAAAUAUGAAUAAAGAACCUGAUGAAAUGAUCACUGGAGAGCGAAAACCGAGAAUAGAUCUUUUCCGAACUUGUGUUGCCGCUGUUCCUCGUUUAAUACCCGAUGGAAUGACUGGUGCCGAAUUAGUAGACUUGUUGUCUCGUUUAACUGUUCACAUGGACGAAGAACUUCGGGGAUUAGCGUAUCAAAGUUUACAGACUUUGGUAUUAGAUUUUCCUGAUUGGAGACAAGAUGUUGUUCUUGGGUUUACUCAGUUCCUUGCCAGAGAUGUUCAGGAUACUUUUCCACAGCUAGUUGAUAAUGGUUUGAGAAUGCUUCUACAACUACUUACAAGUUGGAAAAAUUCACUAACAAGUCCCAGCAUAAGAUCCAAAGAGCAAUCAGAUAAUACAAGAACAAAUACGCGAACAAAUACAGAUGGUAACAUUAAAAAAAGUGAAUCAGGACAAAAAGUAGAACCUGUUUCGAGUGUUUUCCAUUUGGUAGAAGGUUUUGCAUUGGUUAUGCUUUGUAACUGUCGUCUAUAUCCUCGACGAAUAGCUGUUCAUAUAUUACGCGAGGUUAAACUUUUAUUGAAAGCAUUAGGAGGUGUGGAAGACGAUCAAGCUGUGAUUGAUGUAAUAGAUGCUUGUUGUCCAGUAGUUCUGGAGAAAUGUUAUUAUAUGUUGCCACCUGCUGAAAAAGCAGCAGCAGCUUCUACUUCUAACGUUGAUCUUCAGUGGAUAGCUGAAAGAAGUAGUUGCGUAUGGACAGCAGGUCUUCACGAAGAUACUAGCACGAAAAGUUCUUCUUCUCUAAAUUUAAAUGGUGCAGAUCCAUGGGGAAGUUGUCUGUUUGCAUUUUUGGAAAAGGAUAGAGUGCUCACGCUAUGUCCCACUGCUAUUGCACAUUCAUGGCCUAUUGUUUUCACUCGUAUAAAUUCGCUCUUUUCAGUAAUCGAUCCUACACCUGUUAAUGACAAUAGAGCUUCUCUCUUGAGAAGUUCAACGGCAGUUAGGAAACCUGUAAACGAGAGGGACAUGUAUAUGCACGUUUGGAAGAAUUAUUUGACAUUCGGAUACAGAGUUGUUCCACCGGUACCGAGUCCUGUUGUACGGUGUGCCAGUCCAGACCUCAGUCUCAGUGGUCAGCAUACGGUGGAGUUUGGUGUGUUGUGCAUGAGUAAGGAGUUGAGUCAGAGCCUGGAGAAUCUCGGUGGGGCACAGACCCUACCGGGUCGCUUCUCCGUUCCGUCCAUUUCCGGCAUCUACACCAGGCAUAAGCGGACCAGUUCAUCACCCGAUAGUCUUUCCGCCGAACGGGGUGAUAACAAAUCACCCGGUACAAACGCGAGUCCUGCAGCUUUGUACAAAUUGACGGUACCACUACUAAGGUGCGAAGUAGUUGAUGUUAGAGAUGCUGCUGUACAAGCAAUCGGCAAAGUGAAUGCUGAUGCUUUAAAAGACUUAAUGGAAGAAUUAGUUCCUUAUAUACGCGAAGCAGUUGACCGCAAGCAAGAAAAUAUGAGACGUCGAAGACGAAGAGAUGCAUUAAGAUUACAGCUUGUAAGAGUAUUAGAAUUAAUUGCCGAGUACGGAACUUUUGGUAUUUGUCCUGCGGUGUUAGAUCGUGAAACACAGUCGCUUCAUCCAACGUUCGUUGAAUAUAUCGACGGUGCACGUUUAUAUUUAGAGAACGAAACCGACAAAGAAGCACCUGCAGUUCGUGAUAUUAAACUACAUUUCUGUAAUUUCAUGAGAAAAAUGAUCAAGAGUUUUUCUUUGGAAACAUGUCAUACAUUACUGAAGAGAGAUUUAAGACGGAAUUUGUUCAUGUUGUUCGCCAGUUGGGCAGGUCCCUAUGGACGACCACUUGCGAGUACAUCAUCGUUACACGAAGAAGAAAAAUCUUGUACAGAAUUACAGCUUUCAGCGUUACAAGCUAUGAGCGGACUAUUGUGUUGUGGUCCUUGCUUCAAUUCUCAAUCUCUUUCAGAAGAAGGAGCUAUAUUGUAUCAGUGGUUAGAUUUGCUAUUAGCCAGCAAGGAUGAGAAAAUUUAUGCCCUUGCUCGUGAAACAGUAGUGUUACUAUUGGAAUGUAACCCUGAUAUUGGAACCCUUCUCGACUGGGUGGUCGACCGGUGUUACACGGGAGCUCCACAAGUAGCCGAUGGUUGUUUUCUCGCCUUGGCAACAAUUUUUAGCGCAAGAGAAUAUCCCUGCGAUCAUUACACAAGCAUCAUCAACGUUACCCUAAUGAGUACGGGUUGCCCCCGUGCCCCUGUUCACGACGCAGCGCUCCAACUUCUUCAGCUGCUGGAUCAAAGAUUUUUUGGGAACGUGGGUCCCCUUCCGGCUACAGAACCGGAGACCAGUCAGGAUGAUCCUGUAGGCGGUUCAUCAACCACAGCCACCUCUGCCGCAGGACCACAAAGUAAUCCCAUCGGUGGAAUGUCCUCAAGUGGUACAAUUAGGGGUGGCACUCUUGAUGUUCUUCUAUCGACCACCUAUUGUCGCAAUCAAAUGUAUCUUUCUCGUCAACUCGCUCAGCUACAUCCGGAGCUGACGAUGCCUAUGUUCAGUGAAAUUACACACAGAUUUCAAACAGCCAGAAGGGAGGUCCGACAGUUGCUACUUCAGUAUUUGUUACCUUGGUUGCAUAACAUGGAAUUGGUGGAUCCCAAUGUACCUCCACCCUCUAAUCCAUUGAGUUAUUAUCAGUACUAUGCAAGUGACAUGUCCCGCGGAGGAGCCCGCAGAGAGGGUUGGGGUAGCGCUGAAGCAACGGAAAUGGUGUUGAACAACUUGUUCUAUAUAACUGCCAAGUUCUCUGAUGAGCAUCCGAAAGAGACGGAGGAACUUUGGGCUACUCUGUGUGGUUGUUGGCCUAACAAUCUGAAAGUAAUUAUUCGCUAUUUGAUUAUCGUCUCAGGAAUGGCACCACAAGAAUUACUUCCAUAUGCAAAACGUGUGGUUUUGUAUUUGGCUAGAGCCCGUCCGGAUCGUUUAGUAGAUGAAAUGAUGACCGAAUUGCAGACAGUCGAAACAUUGAAUUGCUUAAUCGAAAGAACAGAAACUCCACCUUUUUAUAGAUUAACUAGUAUGAGAAAAGCUUCCUCUCAUAGCGAUGCUCCUGCCGCUGAUCCUGGCAAUCCUCCUCGUGAUCUAGGCGUUGAAAAAGGUACCAUUCAUACCAAAAGGCACUCAGGAGAGGAUCCCGUUAAAACCGGCUCAAAAUCUGAUACCGCAUUGCGAGCACUUGCUGGAUUUCAAACCCCAAGGGCAGAAAAAACAAGGACUGCGAGCGGCCCGCCGGUUCUUCCGGACGAUUUGUCCACUCCUACGACCGAAGCCGAAUUGAUCACCGACGAAUCUUGUUACGGUGGACGUAAUGGACCCGUGGGAGUAAAUGGAAAAAUGUCCUGCAGCGGUGAAAAGUUUGAUAUCCCACAGCCACAUCCUUUACCAAUGCCUGAGUACGGUGGAUACUUUGCUCCUCUUACGGAAUAUCUUCCAGAUAGUUCGCAACCUAUAAGUGGAUUUCAUAGAUGCAACAUCGCCGUGAUGCUACUUACCGACGUUGUUGUCGACGGCAUACAACUUGACUGGGCCAUCCAUGUUCCCCUAAUGUUACAUAUAGUUUUCCUUGGCUUGGAUCAUUCAAGACCUCUCGUAAGGGAUCACUGUCGUUGCCUCUUGUUAAAUCUAUUGGUUGUUCUCGGGGAUCAUCGAGAUCAUCUUGGCGUAGCCCGGGUACUCUUGGCAUCGAAAACAGAACAGCUGGGCUUAGGCCUUUCUACUCCAGCUUUGCCAAUACUCGAACAUAAUUUCACCGAGGUUGAUCCAGAAUUUGACAGUUACCUCUAUGGUCCACCGCCAGCACCACCUCCUACAACUCCUCCUCCGUCGUCUUCACCACCGCCACCCUCUUCUUCUCCUCCGCCUCCACCUCCUCCACCGCCACCACCUCCACCGCCACCGCCACCACCAGAAUCAUCUAUAUUUAAUGCAGCACCUCCACCACCACCACCACCACCUCCUCCACCACCACUUCCAUCCUCUAAUACCGGGACACCUACUCAUUCACCUAUUCCUAACUCAACGUCAACCCCUCCAAUGUCAAUGAAUCAUGUGAAUCAAUCAGUUAUGGACAGCAAUAAAGAUUAUUCGAAUUCUCAUGCAUAUGGAUCGUCAACCACAGUGCCUCCUGUCAUCGUUACACCAGAAGAUGCAAAUAAUUGGGUUGGUCCUCAACCAGGACCAAACAUGCCAAUCCAGGAUGUUAUAAAAUCUUUAAUCAAUUUCCUAGCGUCUAGGAUCAAUCAACCAUUGUGGAAUUAUGAAGAUAUGACUGCCAAAGUAUGGUGGGUUCGCAGUGCUGAACAACUAACAGUAUUAUUGCGACACGUUUUGCGAGUCUUCAGAGAUUCUUUACCCCAUGCAUUGGUUAGUCAACGAUGGGCACAAACUGCGUUACAAUUAGGCUUAUCUUGUUCGUCCAGGCAUUAUGCAGGGAGAUCUCUUCAAGUAUUCAGAGCAUUACGAGUUCCAAUUACAUCUCGAAUGUUAUCUGACAUUUUGUCUAGAUUGGUAGAGACUGUCGCUGAACAAGGGGAAGACAUGCAGGGCUAUGUGACAGAAUUAUUACUGACGCUUGAAGCAGCCGUCGAUUCCUUAGAAUCUGACUUCCGACCUUUAGAUUUUAUGAAAGAAAUAUUUAAAUCUACUCCAAAUUUAAAUAAUAAAGAUCCAGCUUCGGGUUGUUUGAUUGGUGGUAAACGAAGUCCAGGAGGAGGAAACGGAUAUCCAACUGGUCCGCACAUGUUUUCUCACCUAAGUCAAGCUGGUCAUACAAGAAGUACCAGUUAUUCAGUUAGUUAUUGCAUGAAAAAGUCGAGUGCUGGUAAUUCUACAGCAAGUGAAAUAAAAGAAUUGGAUACCAGAUGCAAUAAAUAUCCAAAUUCUAAUCUAUCCCGGUCGAGAUCAGCUCAGUCUUUGAAAUUACUGGGUGACUCAGCGACACAAGACGAUAAAAUGACUAUUUUAGCACAACUGUUUUGGUUAUCGGUGUCAUUGCUUGAAUCAGAUUACGAACACGAAUUUUUGUUGGCAUUGAGAUUGCUCAGUCGGGUACUGCACAGACUGCCACUCGAUCGACCAGAUGCCAGAGAUAAAGUUGAGAAAUUACAGCAACAGUUGAGAUGGAAUUCGUUCCCUGGUGUGCAUGCGCUAUUAUUGAAAGGUUGUACCAGCCCAAACACGUACGAGCAAGUUGUAACCUUGUUAUCUCAGUUCACCCCAUUAUUGGAUUUACCAGUAGUUGACCCUACUCAAAGUCUCGCAUUUCCAAUGAACGUUGUGUCACUACUUCCUUACAUGCUUCUAAACUAUGAGGAUGCUAAUGAAUUGUGCAUCAGAAGCGCUGAAAAUAUUGCACAAGUAAGUGCUGAGAAGGGAAAGAAACUGGAGAAUUUAGGUACUGUCAUGACAUUGUAUAGUCGACGUACUUUCAGUAAAGAAAGUUUUCAGUGGACAAAAUGUGUUGUUAAAUAUUUAUAUGACACGUAUGCUCAUCUCAGUUUCAAUAUGCUUGCAUUCCUUGUGGAAGUACUUGAAAAAGGUCCAGGAAGUGUCGCGUUACCUGUGCUCAGUAUUAUACACUGCAUGUUACAUUAUGUUGAUCUAGCUUCACAAGCUGCGCAACCCAUCAACACAGAACUUCUCAGAGUGAUUUCAAAAUACGUUGAGGGUCCUCAUUGGAAGGAAGCCCUUAAAAUUUUAAAGCUCGUAGUCACGAGAUCGUCAACAUUAGUAGCACCACCUACUUCUGUGCACGGUUCAUCCUGGGAAUCUUCAAUAGCAUCUCCGCAUCCAAGCUUCACCGAUACCGAGAUCUUUACCAAAAAAGAAUUGCCCGGAAGGACUAUGGAUUUCACGUUUGACUUAUCUCAGACACCAGUAAUUGGUAGACGAUGGUUAAUACGACAAGGCGUUGAAGAAAAGUCACUUGCUUCUCCUCGGUGUUCACUGUCUCUUUCACCAGCCGACAGCAAUGCUGUUUCAGGUUGGAAAAGGCCAUGGAUGUCACAGGGUCGUGUUAGAGAAUGCUUAGUAAAUCUUCUAACAACAUGCGGACAACGCGUUGGACUACCAAAGAGCCCAUCUGUGAUAUUCAGUCAGAGUUCAGAUUUAAUGGAAAGACAAUCAUCCAUGGCUUCUUCGACGGAAGAAGUGUCAGGUGCAAAUAACGAUUUGAGUGGAGGUUCUAGAAGAGAUGACGAACAGUUUGGUGUAUUUAAAGACUUUGAUUUCUUGGAGUAUGAGAGCGAAAGCGUUGAAGGUGAGAGUACUGACAAUUUCAACUGGGGAGUAAGACGACGUCCUCUUAGCGAAGGAGAAGAAAGAGAACCAAGUCUGAGGCAAUUUGAGGAAAGUUUAAGUGAAAAAACUCAAUCAUCUAGCAAACACACUAGUCGGCGCGGUGUUGCGGAAGAAUCAUCUGAUGACGAAGCUGGUUCAGAAUCACCUUUGGACGAAGUACCCGGUGGAUCUGGAGCGGGACAAGAAGCGAACAACAUUCCUGGAAUGUUCCCACCAUCCUCUCUUUCCCUCAUACCUAGCCGUACGCGCCACGAUUCUUCGACAAGGUCUGACACAUCUGGCUCGAGCGCGGGAGAUUUAGGUGACGUAACGCCUUGUAACGCAUCGCCAAACCUAUCGGCAUUAAUGCCAUUCAGACAGGUUGUACGAGAUGAUGCAGAAGAAAUUUGGCGGCAACAAAUUCAAAAUCUGAUCACACAAUCUUUGUAUAACACCUUAGAUUUUUUCCACUUGUUAAGCAGAAUUCUAAGGGACGUAAGCAGUAAAUCCGUCACUAUUACACGAGAAGCCAGUGCCUUAUUGUGUAAUGGCAGUCCUGCUGCCACUCAAUUAGGUUCUCAUUUAUCUAGUCACGCCGAAUUACUUAGUUCCAAAGCUGAGCCACCUUUAAUUUGGUUUUCCAUUGCUAUUUUUGCAAAUCAGCGAUUAAACGAAUCAUUACGUUUUGGGAUGUUAGAAAUCCAAGAGCAUCUUGAAACUUUCCUCGACAAGAAGGAUCAUGCUACUGAAUGCUUGGAAGCAGCAAAAGCAGCGGCAAAGCUUCAAGCAUUAGGCGGUGGUCAUACCACAGAGGCAGGUCUUGAAGAGAUGCUCUUAGAUUUAGGGAAAGCGCUUUAUAAACUUCAUCUCCAAUUAUUACUUUUAAUAGAGGCUUCAAAUAAAAUGCUAGGUACUCUUAUGAAUGCUGCAAAAAACGUACAAAUUCCGCUUCAAGAUAUAUCAAUAGAAAUUGCGAAUAUGAAGAUUGCUCUAAGUAGAGCGCUGGAAGAAAGCACAGAAAGCGAGAGAGGCACACCAACUCCAACACCCAGUCCUAGUCCCUUGCCCGGCACUGGUGCUGUCGAAGAAGUUGCCAGAGUCGCGGAGCUACUUAGAAACGCACGAUGGUGUCCUGCACUUGAAGCUGUAAGACUGCACAGAGCACAGUGGCCAGGAGAUCCGUUCCACGAUGACGAUGAUGUAACGACUGCUGUUAAUAUGUACUGCAAAUACUUAGGACAAGAUAGAUCUGAUAUUUUUGUGGUUACACGAAAAUCUGACGAAAUGUCAGAAAUAUUUAGUAGACUAAUGGAAAGUUUAUUCCAAGUUUUGGGGGCUGUUACCGGCCUAGAAACGUCUACGAAAGCAGCUCGAUCUCAACACGAUCAUCGUAGCAACUCGAAAAACGAUUGUUAACUUGACAUGAGUUUUAAUAUAACAUAUAUGGUAUUAUAGGCAGUUGUUUGUCUAAACUAAAGUCUUCGUAUAAUUUAACUGUACGUGCGUUUUAUCCGUGUAUCCUUGUAUACGACAUAUGUAUGUAAGUAUACAAAGUGUUCUGCUACGGAUUGGCAUCAUUUGAACACCCCUUCGAUAGAUGCUAAUCCAUAGUCGAAUAGUUUGUAAACGUCACAAACUAAUCGUCAUAGAAAUUUAGAAAAAUACGCACGAGCGGAGGCAUGAUGUCGACGAUUCUGUCGUCUCUUUUUUUUAUCAUGAGCGCAAUAACGUACAUAUGUAAGUUCGGCAAAAUAAAUAUUCGAAAGCUCAAAA